UACCAUUAUCCGGUAUCUUAAGUAAAACUACAAUGUUUCUUACGUUUAUGUGCAUAGCGGCAUCUACCGCGCAAAUGAAUACCGCUAACAAUUAUGUGACGUCAAUGUAACUUUAUGAUUAUAGCGAAAUUCCUCACGGUAGUAUUUUUAAUACGGAGCUACGUAAAAAUUGUCAACAAAUUGCAGAAAAUGAUAAACAAACAACUGCCAUCUAUAUAUGCGUAAAAUUAAUAGAACUUUGUGUCUAAUUCGGUGAAAACUAAAUUCUAACUAUACAAUUUUACACUAUUAUAUAUUGAACAUGACUGGCCAUCGUGCGUUGGAAGACUCCGAUAUGGCAUUAAUUGAACGUGUAAAAACGACACCUUCAUUGUACGAUCCUAGGAAUCUAGAUUUUCGUCUCGCCUAUCGAAAGGAACAAGAGUGGGAAGUAGUUGGUACCAUGAUUGGGAUGACAGCAACCGAGGCAAGAAGACGUUGGACUUGCUUACGUGAUCGUUAUUCGCGCGAACUAAAGCAAUUGCGUUUGCAUCCGGACAAGAACGAGUAUGGUAAUAGUCCCUUUUUCCGUCAAAUGGAUUUUCUGCGUAAAUUUGUGCGAAAGCGAAGAAAUCGCCGACGCAAUGGAUUUAUUGAAUAUGAAAAUCAAAGUCCUGAAGGCCAGAAAGUAAACAAAGAUAAGCAAAACAUACAUAAAAUGGAUGAAGAAGACGACUACAAUUUGGAAAACUAUGAUGAACAAUCAGAAACUUACGGUGGCAAAAUUGAUGAAAACACCAUGGAAUCGGAAGAUUAUCCAGAAUUUGUCGAUGUCGACGCAGGUGAAGAUGUUUAUGAAGAAUGUGUGGAAACACCUAUUACUGAAACGAGUGUCAAAAACCACUUACUUAAUCACGCCAGUAUCAACGUGAAUACAAAACAAAUGGUUGCCCCUAUCAUAACUACUGCGGCGCCGCCAGCUCAUAAUACAAACCAUGCAAUAUACAAUGCAAUAUACACUACUCCCUCGAAAAAUCAAGCGCCACAGCAGUUGUCGGUAAAGGCAAGCCCAGCUACCGUAGCACAAGCAAUUCAAUAUAAACAAACACAUAACGUGUAUGCUAAUUCAACAUCACGACCUCCACAAACACAUUUACACAAUCAGUUAGACACCAAUAUGUAUUCAAAUGUACCAGCAGCAGAAACGGAAGAUGAUCUUUUUGGUAAAUCAAUAGCCGUGUACUUAAAGCAAUUGUCUCGUCGUCAUAAAAUUAAAGCCCAAGUGGAGAUGUUUCAAAUACUUGAAAAGUAUAUUGAACUAGAGGAGAGCGCAAAAGCACGAAUAUCAGCAAAUGCAGCAAAUAUUAAUAAUGGCUAGAAAAGUUAUAAUCAGUUUUGUUGAUCUAUACUGAAAUAUAUGCGUGUGCACUUCCAUUAAAAA